AUGGACGAGGAAGUGGUGCUAGGCUACACCGCCGCUAUUGCAGCCGUCUUCUUCUUUGGAACGUGCUACGUGCCAGCAAAGACGUACGCCACCUACGAUGGCAUUAUUUUCCAGUGGUUUAUGUGUUCCGGGAUCUUAAUGGUGGGUAUCGCCUGGGGUCUUUUAAGCAACAACUGGUCGCAGUAUUCCCAUUCAGGCAUGUAUACAUUUCCAGAAGGACUCCUGGGUGGAUCUUUAUUCGCUAUUGCCAAUCUAUUGAUUCCUACAGUGGUCAAUACCCUCGGCCUGGGCGUGGGCUUCAUGCUUUGGAACGCCACCAACAUUACACUAGGCUACUGUGUUUCAAGACUCGGUCUCUUUGGCAUGGCACCUACGAUCCCUUCCAUGCCAUGGGUCAGUCUAUUGGGCAUCGCCUUUAUGCUGGCUUCCAUUGCUGUCUACGGCACCAUUAAGCCAACGUUGAAAGCAGCCAAGAAGGCCAAGGAGCCCAAGAUUCUAGACGACGGAGACGGGCAGGAAUCAGACCUUAAGGUGCACUGGGAGAGUCUGGGUAGUACCAAUAGCUUGAACAGCUCCGUUGGAGAGAGCUCGCUGUUGCUGCCACAAUUUUCGCCUGACGCAGAUCUUGCGAAUGUGUUGCUGGUUCGACGCGAGUCACUUCAAGAAGCACUCAUGCACCCAGAGCUCCCGAAUUUUGGACCAUACAUGAUGCCGAACAUAGUGGGAGAACGUGUGGAAUUGGCGAACGCUGGCGCUGAGAAUACGCGCAAGGCUUUUGGUAUGGCGAUUGCGCUGCUGGUGGGCGCUUUCUUGAGCUGCUGCCUUGUGCCGUUUGUGAAUUGGAAGGGUCGCUGCCAUCCAUCCGAUCCUGCGCUCAGCAGCCCUAUUGUGGAAACGUGCAACCCACUGAAUUUUGUUUUUUCGCAGUGUUUGGGCAUCUACUUGACCAGCACGAUCAUUUUCCUGCUCUACUCGCUGUUCCACCGAUUCGUGCUGAAGCGCUCAAUGCCUCGUAGUGUGAUGCGCCCGGCUUAUAUUUGUGGUGUGCUGUGGGGAAUCGGGUUGUGUGGCCAGCUCUACGCUAUUGGCGCGUUGGGUUUUGACCAGAUCUUUCCCAUCUGCUCCAUUGGCCCCGCGAUGGUCUCGAUGCUCUGGUCAGCUGGCUAUUUCAAGGAAAUUCAAGGCAAGAAGAACCUCCACACGUUGGCGCUAGGCACAGUCUUAGUUCUUAUUGGUACAGGACUGCGAGCCAUCUCCGUGUAA